UGGCGGAUGGCCCCAGGUGUAAGCGCAGGAAGCAGGCGAACCCGAGGCGCAAUAACGGUGUCUAACAGAGGCAAUCAGGCAGAUUUCAACAAAACUGUUUGUUACCUACUCAAACAUCCCAUGGCCACUGCUUCAUCAGAAGAGUGUUGAGUGCAUUGACAUCUUUGCUCUUUGGAUAUGGCUAUAUAUCCACGUGUAUUCCACACAUUAUCCUGUUGUGCCUUACAGUGGUACCUCUAGUUACGAACUUAAUUUGUUCCGGAGGUCCAUUCUCAACUCGAAACCAUUCUUAACCUGAGGCGCGCUUUCACUAAUGGGGACUCGCGCUGCGUGCACGCCUCGGACGUGCGAUUUCCAUUCGCAUGCAGGGGCAAAAUUCGCAACCAGGAGCACCUACUUCCAGGUUAGCGGAUCCCAUAACCCGAAGCGUUCGCAAGGAGGACGGUUCGUAACCAGAGUUACCAAUUACAAUAACGUUGUAGAAACAAAUUCUGAUUCAGAUGACGAAGACAAAUUGCACAUUGUUGAAGAGGAAAGUAUACCAGAUGCAGCAGAUUGUGAUAACAGCGUGCCAGAUGAUGACUUGCCAAAAGACCAUGCAGUAUUACCAGAACGCAGUGAAAGAGAAGGAAGUGCAAACAGUUGCUGGGAAGAUGAAGCUAGUAAAGAAGCAAAGGAAAUCCUGGGGCCUGAAGCUCAAGCAGAUGAAUCUGGAUGUAUAGUAAAAGAAGAUGAAUGUGAUUCUGAUGCAGAAAAUGAACAAAAUCAUGACCCUAAUGUUGAAGAAUUUCUGCAACAAGACGAUACAGCAGUUAUCUACCCUGAAGCACCUGAGGAGGAUCAAAGACAAGGAACACCAGAAGCCAGUGGCCAGGAUGAAAAUGGUUAAUAUUACUUCUGUUUUCUGUAAUUUGUAAAAUGGUGUUAUUGGAAGCAAGCGCUGUAUACAUUGGCUUCCAUUUUGAAAUAAAAAGUAUGAAUAAUAGCAUUUCCACAGAAAAAAACCAUAGGCUUUAAAAUGCAGUCAAAAUCCAAAAUAUAACCUUUGUGUUAAAAUUUUA